AGGAGGCGAGGAGAGAUGGGAUGGGAUCUUAUGCUAAUCCCGGGCGCGCGCGCGGGACCCGCCUCCCUGCCCUGCCGCGCUGAGGGGAGCCGGCCUGACGGGAAACCCAUCGAAGGGCCCGGGAAGGUACAAAAGAGAGGCUUCUGGGGCUGGGAACAGCGGCCAAGCGGCGGUCCUUCGGGCAGCAGGGGCUCGGAUGCCUCCGACCUCCUCCUUGGGCGUCUGCGAAGAACGAGGCGAAGCCUUCCCAGCGAGGAGAAGCGCCUCGGCGAGGCUCCAUCCAACCCACGCCUUCCUCGGGACGCUUUGGAGCAUCUCCUUCCCUCCUUCCUUCCCUCCCGGGCGACGAUGAGCAAGAGCCAGAGCUCUCCCUGCGCCCCGCUGGCUUCGCUCCUCUGCCUGGCCGGGACGCUCCUGGCUCGGCUGGCCGACGCCAAAGGCACCUACUACCGGGCUCCCCCGGCGCCCGUCGCGUACGGCAACCGCUACAGCCUCUACACCUCGGGAUCCAGCCCGCAACUCACGCCGGGGAAGCCGCUGGGCAAGCACAAGAGCUACUGUGCAUAUGUGGUGCAUAGGAAUGUGACAUGCACCCUUCAGGAUGGAGUAGAGAGCUAUGUGAAAGCUGAAUAUCACAAGUGCAGCUGGGGACCCAAGUGUCCUGGAAAAGUCCUGUAUCGUACAUUCUUCAGACCCACAUACAAGAUUGGCUACAAGACAGUGACUGAAAUAGCAUGGAGGUGCUGUCCAGGCCUCAUGGGAGAAGGAUGCCAUGACAGUCCCACUGACCAGCCAGGGCUUCUGCCACAGCAUCCCAGUCCUAAAUUGCCUCCCACUCAUAAAAUGUUCCCAGCUGCCCGAGUUCCUCCUCCUCAUCCCAAAAUCCAUGCAGAACCCUUUCCGGGACCAAAGAAGAACCACUAUGGACGCAAAAUGCCUAGUUUGUUUGGCGACAGACUGGACCGGUUAGAAGAGGAUGUCAGGCGUCUCUCCCAGUCCUAUGACAGUCUGCAUAGCAUGGUUAGUGGCCUGGGAGAUCAUUUGCGGCUUGCCAUCCAGGAGGACACCAGUAAGAUGAUUGGAUCCCUGAUAAACAGCCCUACUGUACCUGAUUCAACUAUGGGAUUUGGAGUAAUUCCUGAUGGGAUUGUGGAUGCAGCAGACAAAGCUGACCUUUCUCCUUAUCCACCUGUGGGUGAGAUCUUAAGCAAAGUGACUGAAGUGAGUGAUGUGCUGAAAACCAAGACUGACCUUCUGGAAGAGGUGCAUGGUAUAGUCCUAGACCAUGAUGGACAAAUCAAACACCUCUUGGAAUCAGCCCGACCUUCACCCCUUACUUCCAUUGACAUGCUAGAAGACUAUGUGGACAGCAGGCUUAACAACCUGCGAGUGGAGCUCCUGGAUGGCUUUGAGAAGAAACUAGUGAACAUCCAGAGCACAUGUGAUUUCCGGAUCAAGGAAGUCCAGCUGCAGUGUGAGGAAGAGAAAGCUGCCAACCUUCGUCUUCAGCAGACAUUGGAUGGCAAAGAACUAGAGAUUAAAAAAGAGAUCUCUCAGCUGGAAACUCAGAUCCAAGGUCUGACAGUUGUGGAAAGCUGCUGUAGCAAUUUGAACUACCUCACUAAACGGAUGGAUAUCUUGGAGAAAGGCUUGCACAGCAUCUCUGAGUCUCAGAAGAACCUACACUCCCGGAUGGACAAUGAUCUGUCCACUGUAACCUUGGGGAACCUCUUUGAAGGACGUUUUGAGGACCUUGAAACCAGGCUGAAUAUCACUGAAAGGGAAACAGGAAGUUGUUGUUCCACUAUGGAAGACAGUAUGAGAGGUUUCCUGGGGUCAGAGCUGGAUGGCACAAAAAUUUUAUUUGAAGACAAAAUUAGAGUCUUGGAGGAGAGAUUCAUUAACAUGGUUGGAGAUAUGAAUAAUAUCAGUUCCACAACUGGAAUAGAUGGAGCUGUACUACCUCUCUUGGAGGUUGAACUUGCUACCAUUAAAAAAGAAACAGAUGAGAAAAUUGAGGUAAUACAGAGCCAAUUGAUGACUUUGGAAAGUACAUGCUUGCUAGGAUGUGCAUCCACUUCCAAAGAUGUAGAGAUCUUUCGUACAGAGAUUGAAGACUGUCAAAGUAAGAACCAGAAUUUACAGCUCAAAAUGGACAGUAAUUCUGACCUGCUGCAGAAACUCAAUGCGACCAUCCUGGAGAUUCAGAGACGGAUUGAGGUGGAAGCAACAGGAUCCUUGCAAGGUGAGAUCACCCUUCUGAAAAUCAACCUGAACACCAUGAGUAAAUCUAUAACUGGGUUAAAGGAUUCUGUUUCCCAAUAUUCUGACACAGUGCUGCAUGUCAACUCAUCUGUGGAUGAACGUGAGCGGAAGAUAGAAGAUGAGGUGCACUCAAUUCAAGAGAAGAUCAAUGACCAAGGGUCCCAACUUCUGUUCAGUAACAGGCGAGUCCUCAACCUAAAAGGAGACCUUGAAAGACUCAAGUCCAGAAUCACCAAUGACUUGAGCAACUGCAGGAGUGUGGCUCACAAUCUACAGAAGGAAGUACUUCAGUUUGAUGACCGUGUGGCCCAAGUGGAGGACAUGUGUGGCAGACUAGGUACUGUAACUGGAAGCCUAGACCACAUCAAAAGUGAGCUCGAGAAUAAUGCAGGAAGUAUGUGGGGCUACAUGGACCAUAUAAACGAAACCUUAAUUGCCCACUCUCAGGAAUUGACUGUGCUCAAAGACAAUUUGUUGGAUUGCCAGGCCAAAGUUACAGAAUUAGCUGAAGACGUAAGUCUCUUAGAAAGCAAGCUGGAAGGCAACCAGCACUAGCUAUAGCAAACCUGAAGUGCAAAUAACUUAUAUCAUGCAGACUCCAACUGAAGAUACUAGGAUUUUGUUUGAGUUUUUUUUUGAGGGGUGGGGGAAGGUCACUAAAUGUUAAAAGCUGCUAUAAUCCUUCUCUCAUUUAUUUUCUAUGAGUGACAUUUUUCACUACAGCUUAAGCUGUACAUUUGCCAUUACUGUAAUCUCUGUGGACAUUUAGCAGCUGUACUUAUGUAGCAAAGUGCCUUCCCAGAGAUGGGGUCAUAUUUGGGUUACAUUUCCAAUAUAUGGUUCAGUUCAGGAAGAAAAUGGAGACGGGCAUGUCUAAUGGAUUCUUUGCUUUGGGAAUAAUUAAAAAUCUGCUAUUUAAGAGCUAAGACAGAAGAAAAUGAUCCAGUUCCUGCCAAAUAUAUCCAAAUAUGGAAAUAAAGGUCUGAUCUGGGGACUAUCCAAAGCAAUAUUACUACCUUGGAAGAAACUCUGAUUUCAACUGAUAUUUUUCUCUUUUUUUGUAAAGUGUACAAAAUUGGGACUGGAAUUUUUCAUGGCAUUGACUGGUACAAAGAUAAUAGAUCAUUUGUGCAAGUGCUGACAGGUAUUGUAUGGCUGUAUUGAAUAAGACAACACAGUACAGCACAGCCCAGCACAGAACAAUAUUUCUCAUUGCACUCUGCUGCAAAGUUUCAACCACCUGGCAUUUCCAAUCAUUGUGUGUAGUCUGCUAUUCACAUGAAUGAAGUGAGAAGGAUAAUUCUUGAUCCAACAGCUUCUUACAUGGCUUACUGCAACCCUAGAGAUUGGAGGAAGAGAGUGUAUGCACUUCUAACCCCAUGCUAACCUUAGCAACAUUCCACUAUUGCUUCCUGCUCUUGUAGGAAAGAAGAAGGAAAGUGAUUUCCAGUACUUUAAAAAAAACCAACACAAAUUGAAAACAAUAUGUUUCAAAGUGGGAUUGUUCUUAGGGUCACUCUGGAACAACUUAAGUACUCAUAUUUAUUUGGGGUGUAUUUAGAUUUAUGUAUACCCUUCCCCAUAUUGGAAUGAUUCAUGGGGCAGCUAACAAAACAUAGGUCAGAUCUUGCAAGUCUUCUUUUUUGGUGGCGGUGGUGGUGGGGCAAUAACUUCCAGUAUCCCACAGCUAGCAUGUCAUAAAAAAGAACUUCCCCAAGCUCUGUAAUAAGUUGUACUAGAGAGCCAAUAUAGUGUAGUGGUUUCAACAUUGGACCAUGAUUCUGGAGAUGAGAGAUCAAAUCCCUGCUUGGCCAUUGAAAACCACUGGGUGACCCUGGGCAAGUGACAGCCUCAGAGGAAGGUAAAGGCAAUGUAACCAGUCUUGCCAAUAAAACACGGUGAUAGGUUCUGUUAUAAGUCAGAAAUGAAUUUUGACCUCAUCAUAUUUUCUUCAGGAAGUGACCAAGGAGUGCUAGUGGUCUCAUUCGAGAGGCGGGAGUAUAAAGUUUUGUCCUGACACAGUUCAGUCGCCAUCAUGCGUUGGAACAGCGAGGAGUGUGCUUUUGCCGUUGAGGCCUACUUUUCGAGUGGAUUUGGAGUGGCCGGCCCGCUCUCCAGAUUUGGCCCCUUGUGAUUUUUUUCUAUGGGGUUGUUUUUUUUUUUGAAAUCCUGUGUUUAUGUAAACCGUCCAAGGACCCUACAAGAUUUGAAGACCAAUAUCCAGGAAGAAAUUGCCAACAUAACGCCUGCUAUGCUAGCAAGAGUCAUGACAAAUGCAAGAAAUCGGUUUACUCAGUGUAUGGAGAAUGGAGAAUGGGGAACGUCACCUACCUAAUUUGAUCUUCAAAACUAUGUAAAACUUCAAAACUAUGUAAAACUUUAGGUAUGCGCCUACAUUAUAUAUAAAAAAAUUCUGAUUCAUACAAUGGGUUUUAUUAAGUUUUGAAAAAAGGAAGUCAUGCUGCCUCACCCUGUAUUAGCUGUUACUUUUCUAAAAGUAACACAAUGCUCAUUGCUUCAUAAGUAAGGUGAAAUAUGCUAAAUAUACUUUUCAAAGCAGGGGAAAGGGCUCCCCAUCUCCUAAAUCUAAGAUUCUCUGAUUCUAUGAAUUGAGGGUUUUGGUGAGGCAUUAGAGCAAUUCUAAAUGCUGUUGUUAUUGUCAACCAGCAAGUUGUUUCCAACUUAUGGUGAUCCUAAGGAAAAUAUAUCACAGGGUUUUCUGGUGCUAAGAGCAUGUGAGUUACCCAAGGUCACCAAAUGGGUUUUCAUGGCUGAGUAGCGAUCUAAAUCCUGCUCUCCAGAGUAUGGUCCAUUGUUCAAACCACUACACCAUGCUGGCUAAAUAUCCCUCCCUAAACAGUAAAUCCCAGGAUUCCACAGGAAAGAAAUGUAUUAGCUAAAGUGAAAUCAUGGUGCUAUAUUUAUUUAGUGUGAAUGGGCUCUGGUUGCUAAAGAGUGCCCUGGAGUAGUGGCUGUUGGUGGCUUCCAUAUCAGUGGACCAUUCUAGGUUUUUGUGUGAUGUUGAUGUUUUAAGGAGCUAUCCAGGGUUCUGAACCUAUUACAGUGACAGUUUUCAUCAUUUUGGGUACUUCCUUAAAGCAUGGACUAAAAGUAAGCUAAGAGGAUUCACCACUCCACUGACAUGGAAGCUACCAGUUGCCAUCCCCAUGCAGGAACAGACUCAACUCAACACACACUGAAUUCAAUAGAAGUGUUCUCAUAUAUACUGAAAGAUUCCUUCCUUAUUCUUUUCUUUAACUGGAGCCUUCCCUGCUUCCCACUCUUUCUACUGAUAUAUUACAACCCCCAUGUGAAAGCAACAUUGAAUUGUUGGAUGUGGCAGCUGUUAUCCUAGAGUUUAAAGAAAUGCUCCAGUUGUAUAAGGAACCGAGCACCUAAAUAAUUUUUCAUGUACAGGUUGAGUAUCCUUCAUCUGAAAUGUUUGGGACCAGAAUUGGAGAUGGGGCUUAAGUGUAAACACACAAUUCAUGUAAUGCUUCAUGUACACCUUCUGCACAUAGCCUGAAAGUAAUUUCAUACAAUAUUUUAAAUAAUUUUGUGCACAAAACAAAAUGUGUGUAUAUUGAACCAUUGGAAAGCAAAGGUUUUACUAUUUUAUACAUUCAUAUGGACAGUUCUAGAGAAUCUCAGAUUUUGGAAUUCUUGAUCAAGGAUCCUCAACCUAUAAACUAAGAAUCAUUACGUCAGGCAAAGUGAAUUGGUCUCUAUUUGGCAGCCAUAAGAAAUAAACCAGCCUUAGCAGGAUUUAGUAGAACCUACAAAUCUGAUGAUUUUCCUUCUUUUUGAUAUGAACUUUGCAAAAUUCACAUUUUUUAACCAUAAAUGUGCUGGGAAGAACUCAAAAUCAUUAAAAGAUAAAAGAAAAAGUA